CCUCAUACAUCUGCGUUAAGGAGCAAGCUGAGUGCUGUCAUCUCUCUUGCUGGCUUCUGUCCUACCUGCGGAGUUGACCAAAACAAGUUAGCCUGUCACCUUUAUAACAUUUCCACCAUGGCGACAACAGCUUUAAGAUCAGUGCUUAAAACAAAGGUCCCGCUUAAUGUUGGACGCAUGUGCUACUCCUCCUCAGUGCCCACCACCAAGCUGUUCAUUGAUGGGAAGUUUGUUGAGUCCAAAACUACACAAUGGCUGGAUAUUCAUAAUCCUGCUACCAAUGAGGUGAUUGCCCGUGUACCUAAAGCCACACAAGAGGAGAUGUUGGCUGCCGUGGACUCCUGCUCCAGAGCCUUUCACACCUGGUCCGAGACCUCCAUCUUGGCAAGACAGCAGGUCUUUCUGCGCUAUCAGCAGCUUAUCAAGGACAAUAUUAAAGAACUUGCCAUGUCCAUCACAGUGGAGCAGGGCAAGACCCUUGCAGAUGCAGAGGGGGAUGUGUUCAGAGGAUUGCAGGUUGUGGAGCACUCCUGCAGCGUCACCUCUCUGAUGCUCGGUGAAACCCUGCCCUCUAUCACCAAGGACAUGGACACCUACACCUACCGCCUGCCCCUCGGAGUGUGUGCUGGCAUCGCCCCCUUCAACUUCCCUGCCAUGAUCCCUCUGUGGAUGAUCCCCAUGGGCAUGGUGUGUGGCAACACAUACCUGUUGAAGCCGUCAGAGCGGGUACCAGCCUGUACCAUGCUGCUGGCCAAGAUGCUGCAGGAUGCCGGCGCUCCAGAUGGGACGCUCAACAUCAUCCACGGGCAACAUGACGCUGUGAAUUUCAUCUGUGACCACCCGGCCAUCAAGGCAAUCAGCUUUGUCGGCUCUAAUCAAGCAGGGGAGUACAUUUAUGAGAGGGGCUCUAAAAAUGGAAAGAGGGUCCAGUCCAACAUGGGAGCCAAGAACCAUGGUGUGGUGAUGCCCGAUGCCAACAAAGAGAACACACUGAACCAGCUUGUGGGUGCAGCUUUCGGGGCAGCAGGACAGCGCUGCAUGGCUCUGUCCACAGCCAUCCUGGUGGGCGAGGCGCGAAGCUGGCUGCCGGAGCUGGUGGACCGUGCCAAGGCUCUGCGCGUGAAUGCAGGAGACCAGCCUGGUGCAGAUGUGGGACCUCUGAUCACACCGCAAGCCAAGCAGAGAGUCUGCAGUCUGAUCCAGAGUGGUGUGGACGAGGGAGCGAAGCUGCUCCUGGAUGGCCGAAGCGUCAAAGUUAAAGGUUACGAGAACGGCAACUUUGUGGGUCCUACCAUCCUCAGCAGUGUCACACCUCAGAUGAAGUGCUACACUGAAGAGAUCUUCGGGCCUGUGUUGGUUGUUCUCGAGGCAGACACUCUAGAUGAUGCCAUCAGUAUGGUAAACAACAACCCCUAUGGAAACGGUACAGCUAUCUUCACAACAAAUGGUGCCACUGCGCGCAAAUACACUCACGAAGUGGACGUGGGCCAGGUCGGAGUCAAUGUUCCCAUCCCUGUUCCACUGCCUAUGUUUUCCUUUACUGGAUCCAGAGGAUCUUUCAGAGGCGAUAUGAACUUCUAUGGAAAACAAGGCAUCCAGUUCUACACACAGAUCAAAACUGUAACCUCACAGUGGAAAGCUGAAGAUGCUACCUCGAAAAGUCCUGCAGUUACCAUGCCAACUAUGGGACGCUAAUUACCCCAUCUGUUGAUCAGCCCAAUUUACAAGAAGAUACCUUUCUUCCACAUACAAAACAGACUUAAGUUCAAUGUGAAUAGAUCAUAAAUCCUGUUUAUUGAAUAAUAGUUCCCCUCAUAAAGAUUGUAUACUAAUUUUGUAUAUACAGACACUAUAAAUGUAAUACCACUGUGGCUGAGAUUUUAGCAAUGCAAACAACCUGUGUACAGCCACGUAAAUGUUGCUUAAAAAAAAAAGUAUUUUCUCUACUGGAACACCA